AUGACAGCUUUCUGUGUGCGGCACCGGGGAGAAUAUGAGAGGAUGUGUCGCUCCUUGGCCCGAAUGGUCAAGGAGCAACAGCCCAGGCGAGAUAAAGUUCCACGAGUACAAGCUACUGGGGGCACAUCCCGCACAGCUUCUGAAGCUGACCACACAACGCAGAAUGGGGAGAACCUAGAGGGCCAGCGGCAGGCAGAAGGAGAAACAGGAGACAAUAGUGAGACAGCAGCACCAUCUCCCGCGGAGGACCAAUGGUGGCACACUUCGCCAUGGGGAUGGUAUGGCAAUUGGGGAUGGCGCUACCCCGCUUGGUCAUCUUAUGGAUGGCAGUCACAACCAUGGAGGGGUUCUACGGCUUCAUCACAGGACAUGGGAGAGGGCGAAGAGGACAAGAUGGUAGAAAUUCUACCGGACGCAGUGCUGGGUUGGUUUUUGCUGGAGAAGAGUGGUUUGGACACCUUGGAAAAGUCAGUGAUUCAAGGGGAGAUCAAAGGCAACUUCACGUUGAGCGGCGUGGAAAAUGCCUUGCGCAGUCAUUGGAAUGAUGACCAGGUACGCAAACGUGAAGGUGAAGCUAAACAGCAGGCCAACUACCAGCAGGACUACAAGUCCGAGGAGGAGGAGCCCUUAGAUGAAGAAUUGGCCAUGUUUGAAGAAUGGCCUGAGGAACAAAAAGGGCGAACCCUCCGUGAGGCUCGCAAUCGUCAGCACGAGAUCAAGAUGUCUCGCAAGUUCUAUAGACCGGGCGCCAACACACAGAACAAGGGCACUGGUAGAGGAGGUGGACCGGUUGGCAUGGGCACGGGAGCUCGUCUGGCAGCCGAGUUCACCUUCAAUGAGCCCAAGGACGCUCCGGAGAAUGACUGCGCGAACACUGAAGAUCUCGAAGUGAUCUCGAAGUACCAGAAAUGGCACUGGCCGGUGAGCUCAGCGUCAGUCCGAUGUUCUUCAUGGGACAUGUCCACAGAAGAGGCUGUCCGACAGGGCAAAGCAGUGAUCGACGGAGGGGCCACAAGAACAAUGGGGUCACUCCAUGCUCUAGAGAUGUUGGAGAAGCAGCACCAGAAGCAGCAUGGGGUAAGCGGAGUGAUGCACAUCAAUCCCAAUGAGCAGCCAAUCUUCGGCUUCGGGAAUUCCCAGAAAUCCCGAUGCCUGAGCACAUGCCAUAUGAAGCUCUCCUCGGAACAGAAGAACGUCAACAUGAAGAUCCACGUCUUGGGUCAAGGAGAAGCACCCAUCCUGCUGAGCGUCGACAGCCUCCGACGCAUGGGCGCAGUGAUCGACUAUGAGCAUGACCUGGCAGUCUUUCGACAUCUAGACUCCCAGACCAUCGUCAAGCUCGAGCAAAGCCAGGUUUUUGCAGGGCCAUGACGUCUCCAACUCCAAUGGCGCAGCCCACUAUGAUGGCAGAAAAGAUCAAGCCCCACUACUUGUGCAACAAGCAGGAGUGCAUCACGC